UUCAAUGUGUGAAAAUGUUUGCUCUGAGAUUUUCUUUAGUUAUCGCUGUUUUGAUGUUUGCUGUGAAUAACAUAGCAGCUGAUAAAUACAAAACAGUUGAAACAUUCGAUGGUGAAGUGCGAGGCAUUCGAAAAACGACAUUUUUAAAUGGAAUUCCAUUUUAUUCAUUCAAGGGCAUACCAUAUGCAAAACCGCCCAUAGGUGAUUUGAGGUUCAAGGCUCCCGAACCAAUUGAAUCAUGGAAACCAGCUGUAUUGGAUGCAUUUGAACAUGGAAACGCUUGUUUUCAGCCAAGAAAAUCAUUAGCAAAUCAUCUGCCGCAAAGUGAAGACUGUUUGAGCCUAAACAUAUAUGUUCCAGCCAAUGUUAAAGCAAAUGAAAAACUAGCUGUGCUGUUUUUUAUUCACGGUGGUGCAUAUACAAAAGGUGCAAGCAAUGAUGACUUCUAUGGGCCGGAUUUCAUCGUCGAAAAACAAACCAUUUUGGUGACAAUAAACUACAGAUUAGGGUUAUUUGGCUUUUUAUCACUUGACAUGUCAGAAUACUCUGGUAAUAUGGGUUUAAAAGAUCAACAAUUGGCAUUGAAAUGGAUCAAUUUGAAUAUUGAUCGUUUUGGUGGUGACAACAAACGAAUCACUAUCUGUGGUCAAAGUGCUGGUGGUGUAUCCGUUCAUUUCCACAUUUUGUCAACUGAAUCAAAAAAACUUUUUCGUAACGCAAUUCUAAUGAGCGGUGUAAUUGGUGCCUAUUGGGCAAUGUCUGAAAAUAAUCAUCAUUUGGAAAUCGUUCGCAAGAUAGCAAUUGAUUUGAAUGAACCAAAAGAGACUUAUGAGGAGCUGUUGACAUUUUUGAAAUCAGCUCCAGCUGAUAAACUUAAAGAGUAUAGCACAAUUAAGGCACCGAAUGGAAUAGCUAUUUUUUCAUUUGCUCCGGUUGUCGAGAGAAAAGAUGCAAAACAACCUUUCUUAAUUGAAUCACCAGAAAAAGUCUAUAAAACGCACAGCUUUGACAUCGAUGUAUUUUUCACUAUGACAUCUGCGGAAUUUUUGAUGUUGCUUUCACUUGUGCCACCUUUGAAGGACAUAAGCAAUGAUUUCAAUUUAUUAUUACCAUUUAAAGGACUCCAACUUCCAGUUGGAUCCGACAAUUAUCGUAAUCUGACAAGUGAAAUAUUUAAAUUUUACUUUGGUGAUAAUGCAAUCGAUAAAAGAUCAUUAAAACAAUACGUUGCUAUGUUGUCUGAUUUGAAUGUUGGAUAUGAAGUUGAUAAAACAGUUAAAAUACAUGCAACUAGAUCAGAUGGCAAAACAUUCUAUGCUCGGUUUUCAGUUGAUUCAAAAUUGAAUGUGCUCAAACGUCGUGAUCCAAGUAUCGAAGACUUGCCUGGUGCUUCUCAUUCCGAUGAUUUAUUUUAUUUGUUCAAACAUAAUAUGUUUCAAUCAUUUUACGAUGAAGUUGUAGAGAAUAGAAGUGGUGAGCACUCAAAAAUAUGCCUUCAAGUCAUUGAUAAUAUGACCAAAAUAUUUACAAACUUUGCUAAAUACAGUGAAAUAUCGUACCAGGACGACCCAAUUAAUGGAUUUCAACCGGUUAAAGAUAGUUUUAUACACUUUCUUGACAUCAGAAAUGACGGUUUGAAAACUGGCCGUAGUCCUAAUAAAGAAUCCUUUGACUUUUUGGCCAGCAUUGAAGAGAAAGCUUAUAAGCUUUCUGACGAUUUAAUAAAACGAAAACGAGACGAACUCUAAUGUAUAUCAUGCAGUGAGAGAAAAAAAGAAUACAAUACGACACUCUCAAUGUUAUUCGUACUCUCAAAAUUAUCCAUACUCCUCUCAAUUUUUUUAUAUUUUAUAUCAAAUAGAAGUGGGUUUUGAUAGAAAUCGAUGUGCCUGAAUCAUUGCAGUUGAAACUUCCAACCUGGUAGUAAAAACAGUAUAAAAAAUUAAAAAUUUCAUAAUUCUAAGACCACACAAUACAGGGUUAAAUUAUCAUUUAUUUUCUUCUAUGAAUAAACUUCGGAAUAUAUGAAAAUUA